AUGGCGAUACCUUCAGUUGGUUCCCGAAGUUGUGAGGAACUUUUCCACGACAAAAGGUUCUUUCUCCUCCAAAAGAUUCCAGAUCGUAGUCAUGUCAAGGAACUGAUAACGAAGAGAGGAGGUGUGGUCGUUAAAGUUGAGGAGCAAGCAGACUUAGUAAUUGCAGACCAUGACGGAAAGUUUGCACCUCCUGGAUCUAUUUCUUGGACCUAUAUUAGGGAUUCGGACGAAAAAGGAUACUUGCAGAAUGUCAAUGACCAUCUGGCGGGACCUACAUCUUUAAGUGCACCUAGAUCCCUCACAAUGAAGUUUAAGCAGAGUACAAGGACAGUUUUUUCCAAGGAGGAUGACAAAUUUCUUUACAAACAUUGUAUUAGCGCAGAAAAAGAGGGCAUCAAAACUAACGGGAAUAAAUUCUACCAAAAAUUAGAGCAGAUGAAUAAUCGGCAUACGUUUCAGUCAUGGCGGGAUCGUUGGAUUAAAAAAGGCCCUUUCCUCAAACAGAAAUAUAGCAAUGAAAUUGCAUGCGAAAAUAUUGCCCAAGACCACCACUCAACUGGAAACCGAUCGAAUGUCACAGAUAUUCAACAUCAACUAGAACUUGAACCAAACUAUCGAACCCCUAACAAAUCUCCAACACCAAAUCAAGAUGUGAUAAAAAACCCAAGCUUAAAGCAUUCUGAAUUGAAAAUAAACAUACCUCAAGACCAAAUCAUUGUCUCACCAGGGGGUGAAUUCACCCAGUAUGAAACUGAUUUACUGUUAGAUGCGUAUACAGAUAUCAUGGAAGUAGAUGAAGCUCAAAGUAUAGCUGCAUGGAUGGCAUGGGCAUAUGAGUAUCCAAACCACACAGCGCAGGAAUGGCGAAAUUACUUUGUGGAAUACGUAAAGCCAAUGCACGAUAGAAAUUCCUCCGGAACCAUGGAAAUCAGCACGAAUUUGGAAGCCACAGCAAGCCCUCAUGCGUUAGCAGACCAAUCACUUGUCACAAAUGUAUACGCACCGAUCAAAAAUCUGGAAGAUGGCAAUCUCCAGCGCACUCCAGGAUCUAACAUGUCACAAGAUUAUAAUAUUUUAAACGAGAAAGGUUUUAGAAAGGCAGUUCAGAGAAUUGCUACGAAGGUUCACUUAAUAUUCAAUGAAAAUUUAGAAAUCUGUGGUCGAAAAAUACCGCUAUCUGAAAUCUGGAAAACUGCACAGCUACCUGAAUUUGGGGGACUCGAUAAAAUUACUGAGAACAAUCUGUGGUGUUCGAUAGCUCGGAAACUCGGGUUUAAUUCCCGGGAUACUGCAGCAGCAAAUGAGUUAAGCUACUGUUACCAUGAAAUCCUAGCCAGGUUGGGAAAGAAUGGUUUUACAAUUGAUUCCGAGAAGAAAAAUGAGAAAGUUAUCUAUACAGAUCAGGUAACACAUAUGGAAGAUAAUUGCAAUUCUGAAGGACGAAGCAUUCAAGUCCCUCUUCAUAGUUUGCAAAAAUCUGAUGGAAACUCGCUAAAAAGAAGGAUUAACCAGCAUUCCAAGCUCCAAAAAUAUGCCGAAACGAAGCGUCGACGAGUAAAUGACAACAAAGAUGCAUCGUUGGAGGUCCCAGCCACCCCGGAAGAAAAAAUAACUGCCAGUUUAUCAGCCCUUCUGUUUGAUGGAAAAUUGUCGCCAGUUAACCAGCUAUCUCUGGGGUCGUUUGAGAAGAAUGAGAACGAAAUAUUAAGUCCAUUUGAUAAAUCUAUACAUUAUAAUCGACGGUUAGACUUUCGAGCCCCAAAUUCACGGUUUGUUUCACCUUCAGAAUUUCAUGAUAUGGAUCAAGAAGCUCCAUAUUCUUUAAUUCCACCAGUAUCAAGUCAAGAGUAUGGUACCACGUCUAAACUCGUAUCAGGCAAGCACUAUGAAAAAUUAGUAACCCAGAAGAAUGAAGUUGCCAAUGAAGCUCAUAAAGAUUGUUUGAGCCCCUGCUUAGAGACCAGUUGCAAGAAUUAUAAUUAUUGUGAAAGCCAAAGCCUAGGCACGGAAGAUGAUUUUGGUCAGCAUUUGAUUGGAAAACAAAAAUCUUGCACUCCACUGUUGAAACUUUGCCAAAAAACGGAAUCUUCAGUUUGUUCUCAAGGUCAUACACACGACAAGCUUACAACCUCUACUCUUAAAAAUGUAACCAAUGAUGUACCCGAGGAGAGAAAUAGGGACCUACUUCAAGAAUUCAUCACUGAUCAAGUCAUUGGUCUAGGCUUUCCACAAGAUGUGAUUAUUGAAGCCCUGGAAGCCACAUCAAUGAAGAUUGGCCUCGAGUCGCACAUACAGCAAGUCAUGGAUAGCAUAUUAAACGGUGAUGGUAUCCCGGAUAACUUAUCAGGGGUAUGGACACUAGAUGAUGAUAAGGCUCUAAAAGAGCAAGCUAGAGGAAAAGAAUACGAACGUAUAGUCAAAAAGCAUGGAAAAGAAGAGAUCAAACUGCGGCAUCAGUUUUGGAUUGAUAUGGAGGAUGCAGAUGAUACUGGAUGA